GCUGCUGCAGCAGCUGAUUGCAGUGAGAGGGCUGCAUGCUGGGAACUGCGGAUUCCUGCUGCUGAUUAACCCUCUAGAGCUAGGUUGGGACUGUGGCUUUCAACCUCACUCUUCCUAAAGAACCAUUCCCUGCAGGGGACAGGUGACAAUGUCCAAGGCACUGAGGAGAUGGCUACUGCCAGUCUUUGGGACAAUGUUUCUCCUGAUUGUAUUGUCAAGUGCUGGUACUUCCAAAAAGGAGCCCUGCCAAACCUGCCGGGAACUGGUUAAUAGAUUUCUUAAGGGGAUAGAAAAAACUGCUGGGCAGAACUUUGGUGGUGGAAACACUGCAUGGGAAGAGGAAAAACUGGCAAAAUAUGAAAUCAGUGAGACACGACUUCUGGAAGUCAUUGAAACCGCAUGUGACAAGUCUGACUUUGACUGUAAUCAGAUGCUGGAGCAAAAUGAGGAACAUCUGGAGACCUGGUGGUUCAAGAGGCAGAAAGAGUAUCCAGAUCUCUCUCAGUGGCUUUGUAUGGAUACACUAAAGCUUUGUUGUCCUGAAGGAACGUAUGGUCCAGAUUGCUUUGAAUGUCCUGGCGGCACGCUAAAACCUUGCAGUGGAAAUGGGAAAUGCAAUGGCGCAUCAACACGAUCUGGUACUGGACUCUGUGACUGUUACCCCAGCUAUGGGGGCCCGUUAUGCUUGGACUGUGCCAUUGGAUAUUUUGAGGAAGCACGUAAUGAGAGCCAUCUGGUAUGUUCUGAAUGUUACAGUGCUUGCAGCAAGUGUUUUGGGCCGGAGAGUGACCAGUGUGUCUUGUGUAAAAAGGGCUGGCUACUCCAUGACCACAAGUGUAUUGAUAUCGAUGAAUGCGGUACGGAGAAAGACCAUUGUAAAUCGGACCAGUUCUGUGUGAAUACAGAAGGCUCCUAUGAAUGCCGAGAUUGUGACAAGUCAUGUAUUGGCUGUAUGGGAGCUGGACCAGCCCGGUGUAAGAAGUGCAAUAAAGGGUUUUACCGAGAUGGGCCCAAAUGUCUUGAUGUGGAUGAGUGUGAUAGCGAGGAGCUGAAAUGCAGAGGUUCGCAUGAGGAAUGCAUGAACACUCCAGGUAGCUACACCUGCGUGUGCGAGAAGGGAUACUCCAGAGCUGAAGGAGUUUGCCGCUCGGACAAUCCAGACCAUGAUGCUGAAAAAGGCUUGUUUGAUGACAUCACAGAUGAUGAAGUCGUAGUCCUGCAACAGAUGUUCUUUGGAAUAGUCAUAUGCGCUUUGGCUACACUUGCAGCAAAGGGGGAUAUGGUGUUCACCGCAAUCUUUAUUGGUGCUGUGGCUGCUAUGGCAGGAUAUUGGUUCUCAGAGAAGAGUGACCGGGUUCUGGAUGGCUUUAUGAAAGGCAGAUAGCUUUUUGUUAAAAAUGGAUUUGUAUUUCUGGGAAGGGAGGUGGACUGCAUAAAUGCUGACUCAGUGAAACAUCAAUCAACAAACAGCAGUUCCCAUAUUCAGCACCUACCACCAAUCUCUGCCAUCUGGAUGGUAAUCUGAGAUCUGCCACGUACUUCUCUGUUCUCAAUAUCAGUUUGGCUGAAUCCCACAUCCUAGAUAAUCACUAAUGUCUUCUGCUAUGUUUUCAAGAGUCGGAGAGCCACAUUGCAUUGCAAAGGACGUCUGUUUACAAAACUGGCUUCAAGGAAUACAUUUAUGUGAAGAAAUAUUAUUCAAACACAAGUUUUUCUUUUAUUUAUCUUUGCCUCUAACUUCUGGUAUUUUGAACAUGUUACAUGGUUCAAGACUGAACGCUCAGCUCCAAAAGUAGCAAAUAUUGUCUCACAAAAUGAGAAAUUCAUGAAAAACACACAGUUGAUCCUCCAGCCAGGAAUUUUUUUUUGUCUACAGUCAAAUAGGUUUUCAUAUAACGGUGAGAAGUAUCUUAAGCACAGAAUUUAGUGGAUCCAGAACGUAGAGAUAGUGUGGACAUUGAAGAAUUUAGCAGUUAAGAUAUUUUAGUUGUUGGAUGCAGGACUUCAACAAAUCCAUUCCAGAAUUUCUCUCACUGGAGUGUCUGAAUGUGCUUUGCAUCUCCUGAUACUGACGGCUACAGCAUCUAGUCAAAUAGUAAUGGUUAGUUCUCCUGACCAGUAUAAUGGUAACUAUUACAUUGUCGUCUACAUCUGAUAUUUAAAAACUCUACAUGUUGCAGGAGAUUAGGGAGGACUUUCUCCAUUGUAAAAACACUAUUCCUGAUUCUGCUCAUACUGGAGACACUACUUUGACAGAGAAUGUUGGAACAUUCUAUGGUCACUGUUAUAACGUAUCAUUAAUGUAACCAAAUCUGUUUCGACUGCUAAAGAACUGUUUUUAUGAACAACUUAUCAAUUUUGGCAAAAAAACUUGAAUAUUAUAAUCUGUAUGAUUUGCACACUG